AUGACCAAACCAGGCGAACGAGAAAUGGGCAGGGAGCCCACGUCCGAAGAACAGGAGCCCCCAGUCUACGAGCAGGGUGUCAACUCGCCCUCGCGAGCGGGAGGCGUUGCAGAGAUCGCAGAGGCGCUCCAAGUCGAAGAGAUCGAUGCAGACCUCUACAAGUCCCUCACGCUGUGGAAACCGGCCCGGGCACGCGGAGUCUUUGGCGGUCAAGUCAUCGCCCAGGCUGUAGCAGCAUCCAACAAAACCGUCCGCGAGGGAAUGCUGCUCCACUCGCUUCACAGCUACUUCCUACUCGCCGGCGAUGAGACUCGUCCCAUCAUUUACCAAGUCAGCCGUGUUCGCGAUGGAGGCUCGUACGUCACCCGCUCCGUCAACGCCAUACAAAAGGGCCGAAGCAUCUUCACCAUCAUCCUCAGCUACCAAAAGCCCGAACCGCACGAACCAGCAUUCGCCAUCCCGCUCCCCUCGCUCGACGCCGAGGGUCGUUUCCUCAUGGAGUCCAUCACUGGCUCGCAUGCCACAGGCAAUCACUCGGCCAAAUCCAUCACCUUCCGAUCUCUCCCCGGUCCCGAUGCGUGCCCGCUCAACGAGGAGCGAUACCAGGAAGUGCUGCGCCGCGGAUACGCCGACGAUCGCGUACGCCAGGUGCUCGAAGGCUGGAUCAGCGACCGCAAGGCUUCGCCCGUUGAAAUUCGUGACGCCCUGCCGGGCAUGUACGACAACAACGGCAUUCCGACCCCAGGCAAUCAACAAGCGUUUUGGAUGCGCACACGUCGUCCUAUGGAAGGAGGUCUCGAAGCGCAAAAGGUCGCGCUGGCGUAUGCAUCGGACUUCUAUCUGCUCAGCACCGUACCGAAAGCGCUGAACAACAGCAGGAGGAUCAAGAUGAUGGCCAGCUUGGAUCACAGCAUGUGGUUCUACCAGCCGUUCGAGGUGCACAACUGGCUGCUUUUCGUCAUGCAAACUCAAGCCGCGUCCAACGGUCGAGGUGUCGUCGUUGGUCGCAUUUACAGAGAGGACGGAACGCUUGUUGCCGUCGUCUCUCAAGAAGGCCUCGUUCGAGGUAACAACUCACAAGAUCCAAAGACGGAUUCGACGUCGAAAGCUAAGCUCUGA